AUGGCUCCAGACAUUGCCUCUCUCUUUGGAGGCUCACUUCUCCUCGCGUGGCAACUCAAGAACAAACGUGUCCUCAUCGUUGGCGGUGGCGAUGUUGCUUCAGGUCGUAUCGAAUCUGUUCUUGUUGCUGACGCUCUCAUUACACUCAUCGCACCUCGCGCCGGACUUCAUUCUCUGACCAAAAGCUUCAUCGAGACCUCCGAUCGCAUCACUUAUUAUGACCGCACUUUUGCGGGCUCGUCCGACCUCGUCGGUGUCGAUAUGGUCCUCACAGCCAUAGACGACGUCGAGUCAUCCCGUGAAAUAUGCAACCUGUGUCGAACGCUGAAGAUCCCAGUUAAUGUCGCCGAUAUCCCGCCUUCCUGCGACUUCUACUUCGGUUCUCAAAUACGCAGUGGCCCCCUGCAGAUCAUGAUAUCCACUAACGGACAGAGUCCCAAGCUUGCAAACAUCAUCCGUCGGAGGAUCGAGAACAACCUGCCUGACAAUGUCGGGGAGGCCAUAGAGAAGGUUGGGAUGCUCAGAAGUAAAUUGAGGGAGCGGGCACCGGGCGUGGGUGGAGAGCUUGGGAAGAGGAGGAUGCGAUGGAUGGUGGACGUGUGCACAUCAUGGGAGAUGGAGGAGCUCGCUAUGCUGGACGACGAGAUGAUGGCCCAGUUGUUGGACGAUGGCUGGGAACACAACGCGGUGCCCAAGCCCCAGGAACUAGGUGCUCAAUCAAAACCUACCCGCUCAGUUUCGACCAUGAGCGAGAAGAUCCCAGUUAACUUCUUGUUGCCCGCGUCCGCGGGGUUUAUCGCCGGUGCUGCUUGCGUGGCCUUCGCUCUUUUGUCCCGACGUUCAUGA